AUGUCUGGAGAAUCCGCCACCGCUAUUCACAAGGGUCAAGUUGAUCUCUUAGGCUUCAUAGAUUGGAUUGGUGUUGAAUGCCUCAAUCAAAGCACCACUCUCUCUGUUUCCAGUGCUAUCAAACAGGGUUAUAGAGAAGAUAAAGGUUUUCAUCUAGAAAUUGAUGCAUAUGAACAGUUUUUGCUUUAUAUUGCUUUCACCCAAGUUAUUAAACUUUAUUCCAUUAUUGUCAAAGGUCCUGAAGAUAAAGGAGGUGCUGAAAGGGAACAAGGAUUACUUCAGAUACUGACUGAGAUGGACGGAUUCAAAGUUUCCACAGCACAGGUGCUUGUGAUAGGUGCUACAAAUAGAUUGGAUAUUAUUGAUCCUGCUCUUUUGUGGAAGGGUCGUUUCGACAAGAUCAUUAGAGUUGGUUUGCCUUUAAGAGAUGGAAGACUUGCCAUUUUGAAGGUGCAUGCUAUGAAUAAGUAUUUUCGCUUAGAAGAAGAAAAAGAUACUCUGCUUAACGAAAUUGUAGAGCUAACAGAAGAUUUUACUGGGGCAGAGCUGCAGAAUAUACUGAACAAAGCUGGAAUUUUAACGGCCAGGAAGGAUUUGGAUUAUAUUGGGCGUGACGAGUUGCUUGAGGCAUUAAAAAGGCAAAAAGGAACAUUUGAAACAGGGCAAGAGGACACUACAGAAAUUCCUGAAGAACUGAGACUGAGAUUGGCAUAUAGAGAAGAUAUGGAAACUAGUAAAAUACCCGUGCUCCUUCACCGCCAAAUAUGUCUUAUAGUGAAGUUUCUGGAAAGGUUUUUUUCUAGAAAAUCAGAUUACAUAAACUCUAUAGUGCGUUCUUGUGCUCCAAGAGUAAUUGAGGAGGAGAUGUUCGGGAUAGACAACUUGUGUUGGAUGUCUGCAAAUGCUUGUUUAACCAUAUCUGCGUUUUGUAGGCUCUGUUGCGGUGCUACUUUUAUGUUUGUUGUCUGUUUUGCUCAAAUGGUUUGUGGUUCUUGUAGACGUCUGCUUUCGUAUCCAUCAGGUCAUUUCUUCCCUGCAGCUGAUCAGGUCGGGCAAGUUAAGUGUGGGAGUUGUACGCUAUUGCUAAUGUAUCCAUAUGGCGCUUCACAGGUCAGGUGUUCAUCAUGCCGGUUUGUGACAGAAAUCGGGCCAUUUAAGGAACAUGUUCAGUCGGAAGUUUUUGGAUAUAAUGCUUGUAAUACCUCCACCAAGAACAAGGAUAUAGAGGAUCAUUGGAAAGGCAUUUGGAAUCUGAGUGUUACUAAAAGAAUAAGGGUUUUUGUGUGGAUGAUAUAUCAUAAUGGAAUCAAAACCAACCAAUAUCUAAACCACUUGAAUCUUCCAGAUAAUUUGUGUGAUUACUGUGAUGGAAAAUGUAGUAGUGUUGUAGCUGAGCUUUGGUGA